AGAAAAAAGUAUGCAGUAAUGGUCACAAGUACAAUUUAUUUUAAUUAAACUUAAUAUAUUGUAUAUUAUAAAGAAAAAAUUAGGAUAAACAAUGUGGUCCUAUCAUGUGUAUGCAAUUAUUUGUCUUAUUUUUGGUAUAUACGUGUUUACAACAAAUAUGUUCUCAGAGGGAUUAUUCAACAUCAAAUAUAGCAUACUUAAGAAUUUACCACUCGUUAAAGGUAAAGACAUGUACAAUGCGUGGAUAUUACCUGUGUCUUUAAUCUUUAAAUGUUAUUUCUUUAAUGUUACGAAUCCUGAUGAAGUGAUGCAAGGAGAUAAUCCAAAUCUAGUUGAAUAUGGUCCAUUCACUUAUAGAGAAAUAUACGAAAAACAAAUAGUGGAUGUGGAUGAAGAACUUGACGAAAUUAUUUAUAAUGUAAAGUCAACAUUCACUUUCGACAAAUAUGCAAGUGUGAAUAUAUCUAAACAUGAUACAGUUACUAUAUUAAAUCCUGCAUACAUUGGAACUAUAUCGAUGGCAAGUAUAAUUGGAUUAACCAAUUUACCUUCAAAUUAUAUGGAAAAAUUUGGUAAUAAUAUACCGAAAUUAUUUCCAAAUCGAAGCAGUAUUUUUUUAAAAGCUAAUCCUAAGGAAAUACUUUUCGACGGAGUUAAACUUACGUGUAAUGAAAGAAAAUUCCCUGAAUUGAGUACGAUAUGCAAAACACUGAAGGCAACUCGAUCACCUGUCUUAAAACAAGGCGAAAAGGACGGUGUUUAUUAUCUCAGUGUCUUUCAAAGAAUUAAUGGUACUAUUCGAGGACGAUUUUCUGUUAAUAGAGGUGUUAAUAAUAUAAGUGAAUUAGGUAAUAUAUCAUCUUAUAAUGGGAAAAGAGUGCAAACAAUAUGGAGAACUGAAAAAUGUAAUACAGUAAGAGGAUCUGACACAAUUACUUGGCCACCAUUGGUGAACCCAUUGCCUAUGGUUUUAACGUUUAUACCAGAUCUAUGCAGGACUGUAGAAGCGGAUUAUGAUAAGGAAGUUUCGAUAUACGGUUUAAUCGGAUCCCGAUUCGUCAUGAAAGAAAGAACAUGGUUCAUGAAUAGAUCGCAAUGUUAUUGUUUGGAAAGAAACAAAGUACCAAAUUGUUUACCGCAGGGUUUAAUCGAUGUCUCAGAUUGUCUGAAAGUACCGAUAAUCAUGUCAGAACCUCAUUUUUUACACGGUGAUCCGCGACUCUUAAUGUAUGCACGUGGCUUAAAUCCGGAUGAAGAUUUGCACGAGACAUUUAUCGUUAUAGAACCAUACACUGGGACACCUCUUUCUGGACAAAAGAAAAUACAAUUAAAUUUGAAAUUGGAAAGACAACCAGUCGAUUUGCUUUCAAAUAUCAGCGAGGGAUAUUUUCCUCUUAUGUGGUGCGCAAACGUAAGAAUCUUUUCGAAAAUAAUCAUAUUUCGACAUUAACACGUCAUAAGAUAUGAUACGAGAAGGAGAUAUUUAUAUCAAUGGUUAAUGACGAUCAAUUUUAUAACACGUUACAAUUAAUUUAAUUCAAGUAUUUUAUUCUUUUUCUUAAAAUAAAAAACCUUGAUCUUUUGUCGUCGUAAAAUUCUGCAAAAUUUUAGCAAAACGAUCGAGUAUCGAUUAAUUUUUCAUUGUUAUUGAACAGAACCCUCUUGCGCGAUUAAUCUUACAUAAUUUACAUUCUCGAUAAUUUCAAAAAUUCGUAAAUUUUUCAUCGGUGCACAACAAAUUUUCAUACGUAACAACGUUUUGAAACGAAAUGUAUGAAGUAAAUAUAGAAAAUAAUAAAUUAUAUAAAAUUAAAAUUGACAAAGUAUCGUGCGAGAGAGUUCAGAUGUCAAUUUAUGAGUACGAUCUUUUGUUAAAUCGCGAUACAUAAAAAACGCGCGCUACAAUAUGAUCACAAUCUUUCACGAACAUCGAGAAACAAACUGAGAUGACUAACAAAUAUUUUUUACAGGGAAACACGCCAGACUUAUCGGUUAUAAUAUUAACGUUUCAAUUACUUCGCCUUAUAAAACUCAUCAAAUUCCUAGACGUAAUUCCUUUGAUGAUUGGAAUUCACGUGACAAUCAUGACUAUGCUUUACUGCAAUUG